AUGGACUCUUACCUCUCUCUUCUGCUGUUGAUCUUCAGCGUCCUCUCUUUUGCCGCACCAGUCAAGGAACGCGGGGUCCAGAGCUUCGUCUUCAGCGGCGAUGCUCCAUUUACGGUCAAUACUGCUACGCUGGCCGCAGCUCUGAAAUGCCCGAACGGCAACCCGACCGCCAGUUCGCCGCCAGUACUGCUUGUUCAUGGCACCGGCUCGACGGGCGAAGAGACAUGGGGUGAAGGCUAUGUGCCAGCCUUGCGUUCUAAGGGCUACACUGCGUGCUAUGUAACUCUACCCGGCCGAGCAAUGGGCGACAUGCAAACCUCCUCCGAGUACGUCGCCUACGCCAUCCACCAACUUAGCACCCUCUCCAGUGGCGCCAGGCCAGCUAUCAUCACGCACUCCCAAGGCGGUCCCGUCACCCAGUGGGCUCUCCGCUUCUGGCCGAGCACCGCGAGCAUCGCAAGCGCCUUCAUCGCCCUCUCCCCAGAUUUCGCCGGCAUCGAGCUGUUCGACAGCAAGCUCUCCAACAUCUGCGUCGGCAAACUCUGUCAAGCCUCCAUCUGGCAGCAGAGCAGCGGCUCGAACUACCUCGCUGCUCUACACGCGGAUAGCUUCGGUGCUGUUGUGCCUACGACCGCGAUCUGGUCGGUGUUCGAUGGCAUUGUGAUGCCCCCGAAAGACAAUGCUCAACUGCCAGGCGCUGCGGUGAUGUCUGUACAAGACCUUUGUCCAGGCCGCCUCACCUCCCACCCACAGAUGACCGUGGACGCUGCCGGCUUUGCACUGGCUCUGGAUGCGCUGAAGCAUGGUGGCAAGGCCAGCGUGUCGCGGGCGAGAUCGGACAUCUUUGGCACAAUCGGCACCUGCCUAAGGAUCACGGCUCCGACCAUGAGUGUCUCCGUUGCGAACCAGGUGGCGGGUGAUAUCAACGACGUCGUGGGCGGCUUCAUUCUCGGCGACCCAAGAGUGACCAAGGAGCCGGCUGUGAAAGCCUAUGCCGUCAAUGCCUCUUAA